GAAAACAGGAAGUGCUUUCAGCCCCGAUGGGAGGAGUAGGGUGUAGAAGGCCUGUGGAGCUGGACCUCUGGGACCGAGGCUCAAGGACAGGAGCUGAAGGCUGAGCGGCCACGGGGCUGUUGACACAUCCCUGAUCUUUCCUCCAAAGCUUGUCAGGAAGAUUGGACGUGCCAAGUAGCAGAGAAAACAUCCCCCAGCUCUGACGGGGAGACAGCACAUGUCUAAGGCCCACAUGUCUUGGCCCUACCGGAAGAGAAAUCAAUUUUCUCCCCAACACUACCUGAAAAAAGAAAUGAAUUACUUCCAGCAACAACCACCGGCAUUCAGCAUGGGGCCACGACAAACAAUGUCUGUCCCGAACUGGCAGCAGGUAGAAAAGGACGCUGCUUUCCUCGCCAAGGACUUCAACUUACUCAAUUUGAACAAUCAGCCACCACCAGGCAACAGGAGCCAACUGAGGGCAAAGGGGCCCGAGGACAACCUGUACAGCCAGUACGAGGAGAAGGUGCGCCCCUUCAUCGACCUCAUCGACUCCCUGCGGGCUCUGGGUGUGGAGCAGGACCUGGCCCUGCCAGCCAUCGCGGUCAUCGGGGACCAGAGCUCGGGCAAGAGCUCUGUGCUCGAGGCACUGUCAGGAGUCGCCCUUCCCAGAGGCAGCGGAAUCGUAACCAGAUGUCCGCUGGUGCUGAAACUGAAAAAGCAGCCCCAUGAGGAGUGGGCCGGAAGGAUCAGCUACCGGAACACUGAACUGAAGCUGCAGGAGCCCAGCCAGGUGGAGAAGGAGAUACACAAAGCCCAGAACAUCAUGGCCGGGAAUGGCCUGGGCAUCAGCCAUGAGCUCAUCACCCUGGAGAUCACCUCCCCUGAGGUCGCAGAUCUGACCAUCAUCGACCUUCCCGGCAUUGCCAGGGUGGCUGUGGGCAACCAGCCCCAAGACAUCGGACUGCAGAUCAAGGCUCUCAUCAAGAAGUACAUCCAGAGGCAGCAGACGAUCAACCUGGUGGUGGUUCCCUGUAAUGUGGACAUUGCCACCACGGAGGCGCUGAGCAUGGCCCACGAGGUGGACCCCGAGGGCGACAGGACCAUCGGGAUCCUGACCAAACCAGAUCUAAUGGACAGGGGCACCGAAAAAGGUGUCAUAAAUGUGGUUCGGAACCUCACAUACCCCCUCAAGAAGGGCUACAUGAUCGUGAAGUGCCGGGGCCAGCAGGAGAUCACCAAUAACCUCAGCUUGGCAGAGGCAACCAAGAAAGAAAUGACAUUCUUUCAAACACAUCCGCAUUUCAGAGUUCUCCUGGAGGAAGGGUCAGCCACGGUUCCCCGACUGGCAGAAAGACUUACCACUGAACUCAUCCUGCACAUCCAAAAAUCGCUCCCAUUGUUGGAAGAGCAAAUAAGGGAGAGCCACCAGAAGGCGACAGAGGAGCUGCGGCACUGCGGGGCCGACAUCCCCAUCCAGGAGGCCGACAAGAUGUUCUUUCUGAUUGAGAAAAUCAAGAUGUUUAAUCAGGACAUCGAAAAGUUAGUAGAAGGAGAAGAAGUUGUAAGGGAGAAUGAGACCCGUUUAUACAACAAAAUCAGAGAGGAGUUUAAAAACUGGGUGUGCAUACUUGCAGCCAAUACCCAAAAAGUUAAAAAUAUUAUUCAUGAAGAGGUUGAAAAGUAUGAAAAGCAGUAUCGAGGCAGGGAGCUUCUGGGAUUUGUCAACUACAGGACGUUUGAGACCGUCGUGCACCAGUACAUCCAGCAGCUGGUGGAGCCCGCCCUCAGCAUGCUCCAGAAAGCCGUGGAAAUUGUCCAGCAAGCUUUCAUUAACAUAGCCAAAAAGCAUUUUAGCGAAUUCCUCAACCUUAACCAAACAGCUCAGAGCAAGAUUGAAGAUAUAAAAAUGAAACACGCAGAAAAGGCAGAGAGCAUGGUCCGCCUGCAGUUCCGAAUGGAGCAGAUGGUGUUUUGUCAAGAUCAGAUUUACAGCGUUGUUCUGAAGAAAGUCCGAGAAGAGAUUUUUAACCCAGUGGGGAAGCCUUUACAGAAUACAAAGGGGGACUCUCAUUUCUCCAGCAAUGGGUCUUCUGUUUCCUCCAUUACCGAAAUAGGUGUCCACCUGAACGCCUACUUCUUGGAGACCAGCAAACGUCUCGCCAACCAGAUCCCAUUCAUAAUUCAGUAUUUUAUGCUCCGAGAGAAUGGUGACUGGCUGCAGAAAGCCAUGAUGCAGAUACUGCAGGAAAAAGAUCGCUAUUCCUGGUUGCUUCAAGAGCAGAGUGAGACGGCCACCAGGAGAAGAAUCCUUAAGGAGAGAAUUUACCGGCUUGCUCAGGCGCGGCACAUGCUCUGUAAAUUCUCCGGUGAAGGGAUCCACUGAAGCGUGGCGAAGCCUGUGGUUGUCUUCCUGUGCGUACUCGUUCAUUGCAAGGGGAGACGGUGCAGGAUGCUGCUUCUGCUUUGGGGCCAGACUGCUGCUGCUGUCUGUGUCCGACUUUACUGUCCUCCCCCAGCACCAGAGCAUAUAUCCGAGGUCCACACAGGCUCAGCUCUCUCCACACCCAGCUCUGCCCUGACUUCCAUGAAAAGGUGUUUCUCCAGUCCUUGGGGCUGGAGCACACAGUUACAGUAUCCUAAGAUACUGCUACCAUUCUUUGCUGAGUUGUAUUUGUAUUCCCUCCCCCUACACGAUUAUGAGACCCCAGAGGGUCCAAUACUACUUUUGUAUGUCCAGACUCUUGUACAGCACGUGCAGCGUUGUAACCACUUAAUAAAUGACAUCUCACGAAAGGAA